CAGGAUGAAAACCAUAUUUCGUAGAACCCAAAGGACCAAAUUGCAAGAAUGGAAAAGUAUAAGCUCUCGCUCCACCGCGCCCGCCUCCCCUCGCCGCCGGUAUCGUGUCCUCGCUCGUUCGCGCGCGCACUUCUCAUGCCGGAGCGCCGCCACAUCGCCGGAGAUUCGCCGUACUGGUGAUCCCCGGAGCAACCACGAUGGACCGUCUCCUUCUCUCCCGUCCACCCAUCCCCGUCCCGGCGGCCGCCGACGGCGACCUCCUCGAGCUCGACGUCCUCUGGCCCGCCUCCGCCUCGUCCCCGCGCGGCCUUGGCCUCCUCUCCGCGCUCCCGGAGGAGGACGGUAAGAAUAAGAAGAAGCGCACCGCGCUGACCGCGUCCACGAUGGCGAGGUCGGCGCCGGUGCGGAUACCUUCGGAUGUGAUGGCACGGAGGGGGAGGUGGGCCCAGGCCGGCGUGGGCGGGUGGGAGGACGUCGGGGAGGCCAUGGUCCCGCCGCACGAGGUCGUCGCGCGCCGUGCGGCCGCGCACAGCUCGAUACUGGAGGGCGCCGGGAGGACGCUCAAGGGCCGCGACCUCCGCCGCGUCCGCAACGCCGUCCUGCGCCGCACCGGCUUCCUCGAUUGAGUCGGAGGCGAGUCGUCACGUCGCUUUCGUCAUAAAUUUUUGACCAUUUAUUUUCUCAAUUGUGGGUUCCGAUCCGGCUGUUUUGAUUUCUUCCCCUGAAGAGAUGGGGAUUCAAAGAAUUGAGGUGAGGUGACAUGAGUGAGCAAGGAGUAUAGCACGAUGUAAUAACAGUGUCGUUCCAUUCCAUCACAUAUAUAUAUGCAAAUUUUGGCCCUUAUAUUUGUUCGAUUUGCAUGCUGUCUUGAGAAACAAUUUUUUUUUAGGAGCCAUAAGGGGAAGAAAUUAGUGGUUGGGUGGUAUAGGAAACGUAGUUUCUUAUGAAUCAUAGCGAGUUCUAUGCUUAUGUUUGGCAAUUUGCUAAUAGUCCCUGAAUUGGGAGCUUCUUGGAAUGAUUCAGGCCUAAAAUGGGUGCCAAAAAUGCAA